AUGUUGACAUCUUGUGUAACUCUGCAGGGGAUGGGGACGGUGGAGAUGGACGAGUUCGGGGACAGACAGAUAGACUUCGCUGUGUGGGACAUGACGGAUGUCGACUCUGGAGAGUUUCAGGUGGUGUGUGUCUAUAACAGCAGCAUGAAGCAGCUGAUGAUGCAGGAAGGUCUGAGCUUCCAGUGGCCUGGAGGUUCUCCACCCACUGACUUCCCUGAAUGUGGCUUCAAGAACGAGAACCCAGCCUGCCACACACGUACAGUUACGAUGCAUCAGAUGGUUUCCAUGGUGAUCUGCUUCGUGUUUGUCAUCAUCGUCACCGUCACCGUGUUCAUCUACAGGAAGUUGAAGCUGGAGAGCGAGCUGGCGGCUCAGCUGUGGAGAGUUUGUUGGGAUGACGUCCAGAUGAGUAACCUGGAUAAAGUCCUGAAGAGAACCUGCAGCAGACUCACCAUGUCUCUGAAAGGAUCCAACUACGGCUCCCUGAUGACCAUGGAGGGGAACUUCCAGAUCUACACCAAAACUGGAUACUACAAGGGAAACCUGGCAGCCAUCAAGUACAUCAACAAGAAACGCAUCGAAUUGACCCGGAAGGUUCUGUUUGAACUGAAGCACAUGCGAGAUGUUCAGAAUGAACACCUGACCCGCUUCAUCGGCGCCUGUUUGGACCCACCCAACAUGUGUGUCAUCACCGAAUACUGUCCCAGAGGCAGCCUUCAGGACUUAAUGGAAAGCGACAGCAUCACACUGGAUUGGAUGUUUAGAUACUCUCUCAUCAAUGAUAUCGUCAAGGGGAUGGCGUUCAUCCACAACAGUGUCAUCAUCUCCCACGGCAACCUGAAGUCAUCCAACUGUGUGGUGGACAGUCGCUUCGUCCUCAAAAUCACCGACUACGGACUGCAGAGUCUGAGGACGAGCAGCUGUCCUGAAGACACACACGCCUACUACGCACGGAAGCUGUGGACAGCUCCGGAGCUGCUGAGGACAGACUGUCCUCCCCUCUGUGGGACUCAGCGGGGGGACGUCUACAGCUUUGGGGUGAUUCUGCAGGAGGUGGCUCUGCUCAGAGGAGUUUUCUACUUGGACUCCCAGUCCCUCAGUCCCAAAGAGAUCGUCCAGGCGGUGACUCAGGGUGGUGUCCCUCCUCUUCGUCCGUCUCUUUGUGUCCACAGUCACAGUGAGGAGCUCAGUGUCCUGAUGCAGCGCUGCUGGAGCGAAGAGCCGAGCGACAGACCGGACUUCAACACCAUCAAGCUCUUGCUGAGGAAGCAGCACAGAGGUUAUGGUUCCAACAUCCUGGAUAACCUUCUGUCUCGGAUGGAGCAGUACGCCAACAACCUGGAGGAGCUGGUAGAGGAACGAACUCAGGCUUAUCAUGAGGAGAAACGCAAAGCUGAGGCUCUGCUGUACCAGAUACUACCACAUUCUGUAGCGGAGCAGCUGAAACGAGGUGAGAUGGUUCAGGCCGAAGCGUUCGACUCUGUCACCAUCUACUUCAGCGACAUCGUCGGUUUCACCGCAAUGUCUGCUGAGAGCACACCACUGCAGGUUGUGACCUUGUUAAACGAUCUCUACACCUGCUUUGAUGCCAUCAUUGACAACUUUGAUGUUUACAAGGUGGAGACGAUUGGCGACGCCUACAUGGUGGUGUCCGGUUUGCCGGUCAGGAACGGGAAGCUUCACGGGCGGGAAGUCGCCCGGAUGUCGCUCGCCCUGCUGGACGCCGUCAAGAGCUUCAAGAUGCGACACCGAGCUGAACAGCAACUCCGGCUGCGCAUAGGCAUCCACAGUGGUCCAGUGUGUGCCGGUGUGGUUGGGUUGAAGAUGCCCAGGUACUGUCUUUUUGGAGACACAGUCAACACAGCGUCACGUAUGGAGUCCACCGGAGAGGCUCUAAAGAUUCAUGUGUCAGAGGCAACUCGUCAGGUUCUGCAGGAGUUCAGUUGCUUCCAGCUGCAGCUCAGAGGAGAGAUUGAGGUGAAGGGAAAAGGACGCAUGAGGACGUACUGGCUGCUGGGAGAGAGUGACAGCAACUGAUGGAGAUUUGAUGGACUGAUGGAGGAUUGAUGGACUGAUGGAGGAUUGAUGGACUGAUGGAGGACUGAUGGAGGACUGAUGGAUUGAUGGAGCCCCUCCUUCCCUCUGAUUGGACGUUACCUGUGACAUCAUUUAAAGUGGCAGUACACUGACUGAACUCUUCACCAAAAACAAACUGACAGACGAAUGUUUCACUGGAAGAUAAAUUACCUGAAAAAGUUGCGUAAAUAAAUAAAUGAAGUGUGUUUGUUA